AUAAAAUUCAAAAUAAAACUAUGUGGAUGGAGUUCUGAAACGACGUCGCUCGCCGCCAAUUGCCGCUGGAGCACCUCAAGCCGCCGCCUAGUCGCCGGAGUUUCCGGCUCUUCCCUUUACACUGGUGCUGCCGUAUUUGCUUGGUGUAGCUUAAAUUGGACAGCGUCGAGAUCAUGUUGCUGAGUAGAUUCUUUUACAAAAGGCCUCCGGAUGGUUUGCUAGAGCUUUCUGAUAGAGUAUAUGUUUUUGAUUCAUGUUUCUCGACUGAGGCGUUGCCUGAGGGAAUAUACCAACUUUACUUGCAUGAAAUCAUCACCGAGUUACAUGAAGAGUUUCCGGAAGCCUCAUUUCUUGCAUUUAAUUUCCGAGAAGGUGAGAAAAAGAGCCAAUUUGCUGAAAUAUUGUGUGAAUAUGAUGUCACCGUUAUGGAUUAUCCUAGGCAGUACGAGGGCUGCCCUUUAUUGCCAUUAUCUUUAAUUCAUCAUUUCCUUCACGUUAGUGAGCGAUGGCUCUCUCUUGGAGAUUGCCAGAAUGUGGUGUUGCUUCACUGUGAAAGAGGGGGCUGGCCACUCCUAGCAUUUGUAUUAGCAGGCUUCCUGAUUUUCAGGAAGUUGCACAGUGGAGAGAAGAAAACUCUUGAAAUUGUUUAUCGGGAAGGUCCCAGAGGCUUGAUGCAAUUGCUGUCACCGUUAAAUCCCUUCCCAUCUCAGCUUCGAUACCUCCAAUAUGUAUCUAGAAGAAAUAUAUCCCCGGAGUGGCCGCCCCCUGAGAGGCCUCUUUCAUUAGAUUGUCUUAUUCUUAGGGCAAUUCCAAGGUUUGAUAGCCAAAAAGGUUGCAGACCUAUUGUCCGUGUUUUUGGAAGAAAUCUCCUUAGCAAGGAUGGAUUGUCAACGCAGAUGCUUUACUCCAUGCAUAAGAAGGGCAGACAUGUCCGCCAUUAUUGUCAUAAGGAAAGUGAUGUGAUCAAGAUUGACAUACAAUGUUUGGUACAAGGAGAUGUAGUGUUGGAAUGUGUUCAUUUGGACUUGGAUCCAGAUAGGGAAGUCAUGAUGUUCCGGAUAAUGUUCAACACUGCUUUUAUUCGGUCCAACAUUUUGAUGCUCAACUGUGAUAACUUGGAUACUCUUUGGGACUCGAAGUCAAGGUUUCCUAAAGGUUUCCGAGCUGAGGUUUUGUUUGGAGAUGUUGAGAACAGAUCUCCUGCCAAAUCCAAUACCCUAAUGUUAAACAGUGAGGAGAAAGGAGGACUUCCUAUUGAAGCUUUCUCCAGGGUCCAAGAACUUUUCAGUGGUGUAGAUUGGGUUGAUACCAAUGAUGAUGCUGCUUUAUGGGUUAUCAAGCAAUUGUCCGUGUUGAAUGAUGUCAAAGAUUUGUCCAUGCUGCGUAGGAUGAGUGGUUAUUCAUCACCUCUUGAUUCCGAGGAAGAAAACAACACUUCCAGUAUUUCUGACAGUCUGGAUUAUCUGGAUUCUGAUAAAGUCAGUGCACCAGAGCUCAAUAUGCUGGAUGAUCAUUCAUCCCUAGAUUCUACUUCAGAUGAGAUUUCUGAGCUCAGACAGUCUGAUGAUCUUGGGAAGCUGGUGUUAUCAAAUGGUCCACAUCAUUCCACAACUUAUAGUGAUAAGCAGUUUGAUCCUCAUGAUGUAUCUGAGUCUUCAAAGGACAUGGUAAUUUCAGGUUCUGAAGUUUCAACUAAUGCUUUCUCAGCAUUGCAGGCUUCAUUGCAGAGCUCAUCUGUUUCCAGCCAAGGUUCUUCUCAAGCACCUCUUGUUCAUAAUGGGGAAGAAGGUCCUCCAUCUUCUCCCACUGACUUGAUUAGAGAACCAUCAUUGCAAGCUCCUCUUCCUCCUGUUUCGAGUAAAAUUCCUCCUCCUCCUCCUCUAGCUUUCAUAAGAAGUCCUCAAUCGCCUCCCUUGCCACCUCCGCCACCCCCACCCCCACCUGUUCCCUUGCCUUCCACCAACAAUUGCUCUAGUGAAGAAAGCCCUAACCUUUCAAUUGCUAUGAGCUCUAAUAAGUCAAUACCCCCUCCUCCUCCUCCUCCUCCUCCCCCUCCCUCUAGUUCAAACGAAGAAUUUACCCCAACUCAUCCACUGCCUGCCAAGGGCAAUCUUCCUAUACCUACCCCACCUCCACCUUCAAAUAAUAUUUCAAAAGCACCUCUACCCCCACCCCCACCCCCACCCCCUCCGCCUCCUACUAGCGGUACACUGGUUUCUGUUCCACCCUCGGUAUCAACUAGUGGUUCAACAUCAAUUCCAUCACCUCCACUGCUGCCACCUCCAUCAAUUAGUAGUUUAUCACCAGUUCCACCACCACCACCACCGCCACCACAUCCACCGCUGCCACCACCAUUGGUUCCACCUCCAUCCCAAGCCCCACCUCCACCUCCACCUCCACCUCCACCACGCCCAGUUAGUUCAGCCUCAGUCCCAUCACCACCUCCACCACCGCCACCACCAUUGGUUCCACCUCCAUCCCAAGCCCCAUCUCCACCUCUACCUCCACCACGUCCAGUUAGUUCAGCCUCUGUCCCAUCACCACCGCCACCUCCUCCAAUUCGUAGUUCAGCUCCUAUCCCUCCUCCACCACCACCUCCACUUGGUCAACGGUUGGCUCCUGCUGCCCCUCCACCUCCACCUCCACCUCCACCUGGUCAAAGGUUGGCUCCUGCUGCCCCUCCACCUCCACCUCCACCUGGUCAACGGUUGGCUCCUGCUGCUGCUCCUCCUCCUCCUCCUCUACCAUCACUUGGUCAGGUGUCAGCUCCUGUUGCACCACCACCACCUGGUCAAGGAUCAGCUUCUGCUGCACCUCCACCUCCACCACCACCUGGUCGAGGGUCAACUCCUUCUACACCUCCACCUCCACCGCCACCUGGUCGAGGGUCAGCUCCUGCUGCACCUCCACCACCACAACCACCUGGUCGUGGCUCAGCUCCUGCUGCACCCCUACCGCCGCCUGGUCAAGGUUCAGCUCCUACUCCACCACCUCUUGAUCAUGGUUCAGGCCCAGCUCCACCUCCCCCUCCUGGUGGAAAAAGCUCUAAUGUUCCUCCACCUCCAUCAAUUGGAAGAGGAAGAGGUUUGCCCUCUAGAGGAAGAAGCUCUGCUGGUUCUUCAAUCCCCCCUAAAAAAUCAUCACUGAAGCCUUUGCACUGGGUAAAAGUCACUCGAGCAAUGCAAGGGAGUUUGUGGGCUGAUACUCAGAAAGAAGAUAAUGAAUCAAGGGCACCUGAAAUUGAUAUAUCUGAGCUUGAGAGUCUUUUCUCGGUGGCUUCUGCUUCCGAUGGUGCCAAUAAGGGUGGGGCUCCACGUGGUCCUAAAAUUAACAAGCCAGAAAAAGUGCAGUUGAUUGAGUUGCGGCGAGCAUAUAAUUGUGAAAUUAUGCUCACAAAAAUUAAGAUACCUCUGCCAGAUAUGGUGAAUGCCAUCCUGGCUUUGGAUUCUUCUGCCCUCGACAUUGAUCAAGUGGAGAAUCUUAUAAAAUUUUGUCCCACUAAAGAAGAAAUGGAGUCAUUGAAGAAUUACAAUGGGGACAAAAGUAUGCUGGGAAAGUGUGAACAGUUUUUCCUGGAACUAAUGAAAGUGCCAAGAGUGGAAUCCAAAUUAAGGGUGUUUGCAUUUACAAUAACAUUUACUACCCAGGUGGCUGACCUGAAACGUAAUCUGAACAUGAUUAAUAAUUCUUCUAAAGAGGUUAAGGAAUCCUUGAAAUUACGCCAAAUUAUGCAGACAAUUCUUACGCUGGGCAAUGCAUUAAAUCAGGGCACUGCUCGAGGGUCUGCUGUUGGAUUCAAGUUGGAUAGUCUUCUCAGAAUUUCAGAUACACGCGCUAGAAACAACAAAAUGACCUUAAUGCACUACCUAUGUAAGAUUCUAGCUGAGAAAAUGCCAGAGCUGUUAGAUUUCAGCAAGGAUCUCGUACAUUUGGAACCAGCCUCCAAGAUACAACUGAAGUCAUUGGCUGAAGAAAUGCAAGCAGUCACCAGAGGGCUUGAGAAGGUUGAGCAGGAACUCACUGCAGCAGAGAGUGAUGGUGCUAUAUCAUUAGGCUUUCGAAAGGCUUUGAAGAGUUUCCUUGACACUGCUGAGGCUGAAGUUAGGUCCCUUUCCACCCUCUACUCGGAAGUGGGGAGAAAUGCCGACACAUUAUCACAAUAUUUUGGUGAAGAUCCCGCCAAAUGCCCCUUUGAGCAAGUGACGCAAACUCUGGUUGUCUUCAUGAAGCUCUUCAACAAAUCUCAUAUAGAAAAUGAGCAGCAAGCUGAAGCAGAAAAGAAGAAACUGGAAAAGGAAGCUCUCAAGGAACAGGCAGCAGCUGCUGCCAGUUCCCCUGCACGCAAGGAAGGCAUCGAUGCCCUUCGUGCAAAACUCCACACACGUAACCAGAAGCAGGCUUCAUGAAAGUUCUACCUCAGAACAUACUCCGGGGGCUCUCAUAUCAUGUGUGCACAGAAACAACAAUCACCACAAUGUAAUUCCAACAAAUGUUUCCACUGCUGAAUCUGAAUCAGAAUCGACCGGGACCUGAUCGCCUGGCUAUAUAGCAUGGAUCUGAAGAUGUGCGAUGAGCAAACUGAAGAUGAUGUCGGCUGAGGAAGGAGUUGUGGAGGCUAUCAAUCCAAUCCAAGGUACGGCCAAUCUUCACUCCAUCCUUGUCCAUGUAAGAAAUGUGAUAAAAUGCAUGAAACUCUCUGUUUAUGUAUAUAUACAUUUCCUUCUCUAUUAUCACAAGAUGGCUUCUUCAGUGAUUUUUGUGCAA